GGAUAAUGAUUCAGAUGUUAAUCUCCAUGUAGGCUAAUAAAGGGAGGAGGGUUUCGUUGUAUCAAGAAGUAGGGUUUGUGUUGCAGAGGGUAUGAAAGAGACGGGAAGGGAAAGAGAGGCAUCAAGGCAUCAAAGGUAGCAUACACAGUGGAGUAACUUGUGGCCUUCAAUCCAUACAAUCUCGAUAUUCUUCCAUACAGGGUUCAUCGCAAAUAUACAGCCUGGAUACCAAUCUCCGCCUUCUUCGCCUUUAGCAGAGCAAAAGAGUUUGUUGCUACGUUAUGGCGGGCAAGGGUGUUGGUUCGGUGGUAAAGGCAGUUGCAGAAUAUCAAUAUCCUUGGCGUGAGAAGUUAGUGAAAUACAAGGAUGAACUUGCUAAGGGAGUAUGGGGAUACUGGGACCUGGGGGCAUGGAAGCCAUUGAGUAUCAGUGCUCGACGACGUGCCCGACUGCGAAAGGAAGUGCUCCUUGCUGGGGAAGAUUGGCCCUAUGAUCCUGAAAGAAAGGAGAUGAAGACCAGGAGGAAAGGACACAAAUGUGAUAGGAUAUCUGCUGAGAAGCGGGAGAACACUGCAAAGUUGAUGGAGAAGAUGCCCCAGAUGUUGCAGGAUUACAAGAAGAGAAGGUGGCAGAAGAAGAUGAAGGAAGAAGACAAGGGAAAACUUUGAUUUUGCUCCUCUCUAAUUUGGGAAGUAUCGGAUUUGGUGAUUUUUCCUUCUGCAGGAUCUCACCAUGACACGGGCGUGAAAGAAUAAUCGCUUUGAUCUCUAAUUUUGUUUGCAAAGCUGUCUCCGGGAAGGGAAGUUAAGAGAUGACAUUUUCUAACUCAGUAAGAAAAUGAUUGCUCAAGAAGUGGAAAUAAAGGCUCUUCGAUUUCACCAUGAAACCCCCGAAGAUACAUGAAACUACCAAAGAUCAAUAUUGUUACUGAAACCAGCCAUUAUUCAUAAUUGGCCAUUUCACUUUAACUCAUUGAUGAAAAAUCAAGAUUUAAGUGUUUUUAUGAAGUAUCAAUUCACUAUCCA